AUGAACGCCGCACCGCCAGAUACAACAUUUGAGCUUCGGAUACAGUUGGCUAACUCUGACAUCUCUGGGUUGGAAGAGCGCUUGAAGGUCAUCAGCAGCCCAUCAAGCAAUGAAUAUGGCAGGUGGCUCACGCGUGGAGAGGUCGAUACAUACGUCUCGCCGACGUCUGAGACCGUCGGCGCUGUCAAUUCCUACCUUUCCCAACAUGGCCUCGCGGCAACAGCCUCCACCUCGGCAGGAGAUGUUCUCACAGUCAGCGUCACGGUCGAGCAGGCCAACGCUCUCCUCGGAACCGAGUAUUACACCUUCCAGUCCACAGAAACCCACCAAUCGACCGUGCGCACCCUCCAGUACUCCAUCCCCUCUUCCCUCAAAGGCCACAUCAACUAUGUUCAUCCUACAACUUCGUUCCCGAACUAUGCCAAGAGCGGAUUACGCCUCACGAAGACACUGAACGACGCCUCAUCACCGUCAUCGGAUCCCGUCAAUGCAACUUGCGCUGAGAUUAUUACUCCCAAGUGCAUACAGCAGAUGUAUGGCCUCCCGACGGAUCCUGCGACUGCCACGUCUAACCCGAACGACUCAAUCACAGUCACUGCAUAUGGUGAUCAAUACGCUCAACGGGCUGAUCUUCAGGACUUCCUCGAGAUCCUCCGACCCGAUAUCGACCCCAACACCACUUACGAACCCUUCUAUAUCGGUGACGGCCCUAAGGACCCCCAAGGAUACAACUUUUCAGGACUGGAAGCUGAUCUUGACGUCGAGUAUACUGUCGGCUUAGCCACAGGCGUACCGGUUCGCUUCGUCUCGGUCUCCGAUUCGGCCGCCAACGACGACACUGGCGGCUUCCUCACUACUGCUGAGUCACACUUGGCGAAUGCGAGUAGCUCGCACGUUGUGACUACAUCGUACGGAAUCGAUGAAGACACCAUGUCGGUACCCAUUGCCCAGUCUCUAUGCAACAUUUACAUGCAGCUGUCUGCCAUGGGCACGACCGUGAUCUUCGCAUCCGGCGAUGGUGGCGUCGCAGGCGGUGGCUUCAAGUCUUGCACGACGUUCGGUACGACCUUCCCAUCCGGAUGCCCAUACGUAUUAUCCGUCGGCGCCACUCAAUACAACGGAACAGAAACCGGCGCCUUCCUCAGCUCUGGCGGCUUCUCCAACAUCUUUCCACGCCCAUGGUAUCAAGACAAAGCCGUUUCCGGCUUCCUCGAUUCCCUUGGCGAUGAGUAUGAUGGCCUGUACAAUGCGUCAGGUCGUGGGAUUCCGGAUGUUGCAGCGAUCGGCGCCCAGGUCGAAGCGGCGUGUCAAGAGGUCUUCGGCUUGGUAGCCGGUACCAGCAUCAGCGCGCCUGUCUUCGCGUCGGCCAUCGCCAUCCUGAACGACAGGCUUCUUGCCGCUGGCAAGCCAACGCUCGGGUUCAUCCAACCUUUGCUGUACGAGAACCCACACGCGCUGACCGACAUCAUUGGCGGGAACAAUCCCGGCUGCAACACGACUGGGUUCAAUGCAGUCGAAGGAUGGGAUCCCAUCACCGGUCUUGGUGUACCCAACUUCGACAGUAUGUUGGAGGUCGUCGGAAUCGAUGGCUAG